UAAAUAUCCGGACAUUGAAAUUCCCAGUGUAGGAGUUUAUCAAUAUGUAAUCAGUAAUCCAUAUAAUGUUCCAGACAAUAAAGACAUAUUUAUUGAUGGAAUUACCGACGAAAGGGUCACUUUUGGUGAACUAAAGAGAGAUUCGAAAAGGUUCGCGGCCGGAUUACAAGAUAGAAUUGGAUUUAAACGUGGCACCGUAACAGCAGCAAAUCCAAAGUAUACGGCACGCGAAUUCGCAUCUCAGUUGAUCACUUCAGGUGCUUCCGUUAUAAUUGUGCAUCCUAAAUAUCUUGACACCGCUAUUAAAGCUGCCAAAGAAGCUGGAAUUCCCGAAUCAAGGAUUUUUUUAUUUGGCAAUAGAGAAGUUCACGGAUUUCAAUCUUAUAGGUCACUGAUUGGUGAUCGUGAAGCAGAACCUGUUUCGUAUUCGCCGGAAGAAGCUAAAAACACAACUGCAUUUCUGUGCUAUAGCUCUGGAACUACUGGCAUACAAAAAGCCGUUGAAAUUACACAUACAAAUAUUAUAGCUAAUAUGGCACAGAUUUUAUCUUCAGGUUAUUUUAAUACUCGUAAUAUCUUCACAGGAGCAUUGGUAAAUUUCAUCCCUAAUGUUUACUAUUUAAAAAAAGCUAUUAACUUUGUUUACACGGUUCCACCGAUGAUACUUGCAUUAGUCAGAUUCCCCUCGAUUGAAAGCUUGUCAAGUGUAGAGAUAAUAUUUUCUGGUGCAGCUCCCUUAAGUGACGGAUUAAUCGAUGAUUUUUAUAAACUUUAUAAAAUACCGAUUAGGCAAGGAUACG